AUGGUUUAUAAGCUGCCAGGAAAGGAGCUGUCGCCGGAGGAUGAUGAGCGCACGGUGUCGUCUGCGAGCCUGUGCAUGUCGCCGGGGGCGGAGCCCGAGCGCGGGGCGGCGCCGCUCUGCUCCUCCACGCCCUUCGCCCCGCGACUCACGAACGGCUACGAUGUCCUCGACAACCGCGACAGAAGGCACCUUGACAGCUGUGAUACUAUCAACGGAAAUGUCAACGUGCAUAUAGUAUCAGAAUCGACAAAUAGCAUGGAUGUGCUAAGUGGAGGUGAGAGUGACGCCGGCGAUACGCUCUCUAGGCGGAAUAAUAACAGUAUAUCAUCGCGCAUCGCGUACUGCAGCGAGACGCAGCGGCGGCGCGGUGACGUCACCUACUUCGUGGCCAAGGAGCUGCUCAUGACAGAGCGCACAUACAAACGGGACCUAGAACUUGUCACAGUCACGUGGUCCCGACACGUGGGCCGUGUGGCGAGCGCCGGCGCGGAGGGUGCGGAAGCGAGCGCGCUGGCCCGCGGCUGUCUGGCGCUGGAGCCGCUGGCAUUGCCCGCUGGCGCGCUACUGGCACGACUCGACCGCGCACUCGCCACAGCACCGCACACUAGAAACGAGUUCCAAACAAGUUUCGAGUGCCUGCUGACCACCUUUAUGCCGCCGUACUAUGAUGAUAACGAGGAGCCGGAAUAUAAGAAGAUAGCAGAUAUGCUACACGAUUAUCUGACGAACAUAUACGAUGCGUACGAGCAGUACGCGCUGGGCGCGGGCGCGCUGGUGGCGCUGGCGGAGAGCGCGCGGCGGCGCGGCGGGGCGGGCGCGCGCGCGGCGGCGGAGUUCGACGCCAGCUCGCCGCUGCCGCUGGCCGCGCUGCUGCUGCGCCCGCUGCACCGCGCGCUGCAUCUGCGCAGACUGGCGCACGAGCUGUCUGUGGGCGGGUGCGGCGGGCGCGCGCGCGCGGCGCUGGAGGUGGCCACGCGCAUGGCGGCGCUGGCGCUGCAGCAGCUGCCGCACGUCGAGAACCACAGCGCGCUCUGCCAGGUGCAGAGAGACAUCACCGGUUACGACAAGUUGCUGGUGGCGGAGCGCGAGUUCAUCCGGCUGGGCUGUCUCUACAAACAUUCCACUAAGGGUCUGCAGCAGAGGAUGCUCUUUCUGUUUAGCGAUUUGUUGCUGAUAGCGUCCAAGUGUUCUGUGUCCCAGUUCCGCGCGCACCUCGCCCUGCCGCUGCACUCGCUGCAGCUGCUGCCCUCCGACUUACCCAACUCCUUUACUCUCUCAGGCGAGGACACGUGCGUGGUGCUGAGCGCGGGCGGCGCGGGCGGCGCGGCGGAGCGUGCGGGGUGGUGCGACGCGCUGGCGGCCGCCAUCGAGCGCGCGCGCGAGCGCCCCACGCACGUCGACACGCAGCUCACAGCGCCACACACGGACGAGUGCAGCGGCGCGGGCGCGGGCGGAGCGCUGACGUUCGUGUGCUGGCACCGCGCCGCCUCGCUCACACGACAGCAUCUCAACCUCGCCAUCAGAACUCAGUUAUCUGGCUACCUGCUCCGCAAGUUCAAGAACUCUCACGGCUGGCAGAAGUUAUGGGUGGUGUUCGCAGCCUUCACGCUCUUCUUCUACAAGAGCUGGCAGGAUGAGACACCACUCGCCUCAUUGCCACUGCUGGGGUGGAUAGAAGUGCUGCAAACUCCGAUGUUACAUUGA